GCUUUUCUCUGCACAGUUUUUGCUACUCGUAACUUUGGAAAGUGGGUGAGGUGGAGCCUUGGGAUCAGCUUGUAGGACUGUGUCUCUGUGUUUAAGGAGUCCUGACCAGCUCCAGUGUUACGCACACAGAGAGAGGGGCUGCUGCUAGGAAAUGGAUCUCUUCCCAAGUUCAUCCUUUUUGAAAGCAAUUUGAUAUGUUUUACUCUUUACUCACUUGCUUUCUUUUUGAAAGCUUCCGCGUCGGCAGGAGGUAGGUAGAGUGAGCAGCUGUUGCCUCUGGAGUUAAUUUGGGUUCCCCAAUCCUAGGUCCUGUGCUUUUCUGCUUUACUCUUUCAUAGUUUGUAGCAGUGAAGAGUUUUAUUUUUAAGGGAGCUACUACACUCUCCCUCUCUACAGGAAACAGAAUAUAAAAAAAGAAAAGGGGAGGAAAAAAAAAAAAAAAAAAGAAUUCGGCAAGGAGCCAAACCCAGUGACUGAAGUAAGAAGUAGGGAACUUGGAGUAAGUGUAGUUGCCGGGACAUUGUAUGUCAGAGCGAGUCAGCGACGGAUUUUAAGGGUGCCGGAGAGGACACGCGAUGCCCAUCUCGCAGCGCAGAUAAGGUUUGCGUCCUUAGGUGAAUGUCCUGGCGCUGCCACUGCGGGCGAAGCUGUCGGUCUUGGGAGGGGAUAAAGCUGCGUGUAAACGAGAAGAGAGGAGUGUACCGGAGUGCUAUGGAGGGCAGCAACUUUGUUGCUGUGACUUUUACAAGCCUUCAAGGAAUUUCCAUGGAGUUGGACUAAAAUAAAGUUUUGGGAUGUCUCUAUUUGGAUUAAAAUUUGGAAAGAAGAAAUUGAAAGAGGAAGAGAGACAACUUCAAGCGAACAACCGGGAUUUUAAUCUGCAGUUUGAAUAUGCUAACAAUUCAAUUAAAACAUCGAAAUAUAAUUUCUUCACUUUCCUGCCUCUCAACCUGUUUGAACAGUUUCAGCGAAUAGCAAAUGCUUACUUCCUUUUCUUGCUGAUUUUGCAGUUGAUUCCUCAGAUUUCCUCACUGGCCUGGUUUACAACAGUGGUGCCCCUGGUGCUGGUGCUGGCUGUAUCAGGAGUCAAGGAUGCCAUUGAUGAUUUUAAUCGACACAAAAGUGACAAACACGUCAACAACCGCCCAGUCCAGGUCCUGAUCAAUGGCAUGUUAAAGGAGCAAAAAUGGAUGAAUGUCCAAGUGGGGGAUAUAAUAAAACUAGAAAACAACAACUUUGUGACAGCUGAUCUCCUGUUGCUGUCGAGCAGUGAGCCACACAGCCUGACAUACAUUGAGACAGCUGAGCUGGAUGGUGAAACAAACCUGAAGGUGAAGCAGGCACUGACAGUCACUGCAGAGCUUGGAGAAGAUCUUCAGAAGCUGACAGAGUUCAAUGGAGAAAUCAGAUGUGAGGCACCAAAUAACAAACUGGAUAAAUUCACAGGAACUCUUACUCUUCGAGGAGAGAAAUAUGCCCUGGACAAUGAGAAGAUGUUGCUGAGGGGCUGUACUAUCAGGAACACAGACUGGUGCUUUGGACUUGUUAUUUAUGCUGGGCCAGACACGAAACUCAUGCAGAACAGCGGAAAAACAACUUUUAAGCGAACAAGCAUUGAUCGGCUCAUGAAUGUCCUUGUGUUGGUGAUUUUUGCAUUUUUAGCACUGAUGUGUCUCAUCCUAGCCAUUGGCAAUGGUAUCUGGGAGCAUGAUAAGGGCUACUACUUCCAGGUCUAUCUGCCCUGGGCAGAGGGUGUCAACUCUGCCUCCUACUCCGGCUUCCUCAUGUUCUGGUCAUAUGUGAUCAUUCUAAACACAGUGGUACCCAUUUCACUCUACGUCAGUGUGGAGAUUAUACGCUUGGGUAACAGUUUCUACAUCGACUGGGACCGUAAAAUGUAUUACCCACUGAAUGACACUCCAGCUCAGGCUCGAACCACUACACUAAACGAGGAGCUGGGGCAGAUCAAGUACAUCUUCUCAGACAAAACAGGAACUCUCACCCAGAACAUCAUGUGUUUCAACAAGUGCUCCAUCAAUGGCAAAUCCUAUGGUGAUGUGUAUGAUAUGUCUGGGCAAAGGAUAGAAAUAAAUGAGAACACAGAGAAGGUUGAUUUCUCGUACAACCCGUUAGCCGACCCAAAGUUUGCCUUCUAUGACCACAGCCUGGUUGAAGCCGUGAAGCUGAAUGAUGUCCCGACACACAGGUUCUUCCGGCUGCUCUCACUUUGCCACACAGUGAUGCCGGAGGAGAAGAAGGAAGGUAACUUGGUGUAUCAAGCACAAUCUCCUGAUGAGGGAGCCCUAGUCACUGCUGCCAGAAACUUUGGAUUUGUGUUCAGGGCUCGCACACCAGAGACCAUCACUGUCGUGGAAAUGGGAGAAACAAAAAUCUACAAACUUCUGGCUAUUCUUGAUUUCAACAAUGUUCGCAAGCGAAUGUCUGUGAUUGUGCAGAGUCCAGAAGGUGACUUGACUUUGUACUGCAAGGGGGCUGACACCAUUCUUUAUGAACUGCUUCAUCCAUCCUGCAGCUUUCUCAAAGGGGAGACCACAGAACACCUGAAUGAGUUUGCUGGAGAAGGCCUGAGGACGCUCGUGGUGGCCUAUAAAAGCUUGGAGGAAGACUACUUUCAGGAUUGGAUCAGGCGUCACCAUGAAGCCAGCACUGCCUUGGAGGGACGGGAAGACAAACUCUCGGAAUUGUAUGAAGAGAUCGAAAAAGACCUAAUGCUGCUAGGUGCCACAGCCAUAGAGGACAAGCUACAAGAUGGGGUUCCACAGACAAUUGAGACUCUUGCCAAAGCCAACAUCAAGAUAUGGGUUCUCACUGGAGAUAAGCAAGAGACAGCAAUGAAUAUUGGUUACUCCUGCAACUUGCUGAAUGAUGACAUGGAAGAUGUUUUCAUUAUUGAAGGCAGCACAUCUGAUGACGUACUGAAUGAGCUGAGGAAUGCAAGAAAAAAGAUGAAGCCAGACUCCUUUCUGGACAGUGAUGAAAUCAACAUUCAGUUUGAAAAAUCAUCAAAAAACCAAAUAAUUAUACCUGAUGAGCAAGCAAAUGGGGUGUAUGGUCUGGUUAUCACUGGCCACAGCCUGGCUUAUGCGCUGGAAGGGAACCUGGAGCUGGAGCUGGUGAGAACUGCCUGCAUGUGCAAAGUGGUGAUCUGCUGCCGGGUGACUCCCCUGCAGAAGGCCCAGGUGGUGGAGCUGGUGAAGAAGUACAAGAAGGCUGUGACCCUGGCGAUCGGAGAUGGUGCCAAUGAUGUCAGCAUGAUCAAAACUGCCCACAUCGGGGUUGGCAUCAGCGGCCAGGAGGGGAUGCAGGCGGUCCUGUCCAGUGACUUCUCCUUCGCACAGUUCCGCUACCUGCAGCGCCUGCUCCUGGUCCACGGACGGUGGUCCUACAUCCGCAUGUGCAAGUUCCUCAAGUACUUCUUCUACAAGAAUUUUGCCUUCACCCUGGUGCAUUUCUGGUAUGGUUUCUUCUCUGGCUUCUCAGCACAGACUGUCUAUGAUGAGUGGUUCAUUACACUUUACAAUUUGGUAUACACCUCUCUCCCAGUGCUAGGAAUGAGUCUCUUUGAUCAGGAUGUGGAUGAUCGCUGGAGCAUGCUGUUCCCUCAGCUCUAUGUGCCUGGCCAGCAGAACCUCUACUUUAACAAAGUGGUGUUUGUCAAGUGCAUGUUGCAAGGGAUCUACAGUUCCCUCAUCCUCUUCUUCAUCCCCUAUGGGGCCAUGUACAAUACAGUGAGGAGUGAUGGGAAGGCCAUUGCUGACUACCAGUCCUUUGCUCUGAUGGCUCAGACCUGCUUACUGAUCGUGGUGUCUGUACAGAUUGGCUUGGACACCUCUUACUGGACAGUUGUGAACCAGUUCUUCAUCUGGGGCAGCCUUUCUGUUUAUUUUGCUAUCACCUUCACCAUGUACAGUGAUGGCAUGUACCUGAUCUUCACAGCCUCCUUUCCCUUCAUUGGUACGGCUCGGAACACCCUCAGCCAACCAAACGUGUGGCUGGCCAUCUUCCUCAGCAUCACCCUCUGCGUGCUGCCCGUGGUUGGCUUUCGAUUCCUGAAGGCUCAGUUAAAGCCAACUCCCAGUGACAAAGUCCUGAUGAAGAUCAAAGAAGCCAAAAAGCGGCCCCCUCCACCCUCACCCAAGCGACGCCUGCGCCGGACCAGCACCCGCCGCUCUGGCUACGCCUUCUCUCACCAGCACGGCUUCGGAGCACUCAUCAUGUCUGGGAGAAACAUGAGGCCAAAAUCACCUUUUGCCACAACGGGAACAUUUUCACCAAAUAGUGACAAAUAUAAACACAAAGGACUGUAACAAAAAAAAUGAAAAACAAAAGAAAAAAGAAGGAGAGAAGAAAAAAGAAGAAGACACCCCCUCCCUCCCCCUUAAAAAUUAGCAAACUAAACCAAAGUAAAGGGCUGCCAGGAGAGGAGACUAUGAUGCCUGCAAGGCACAGCCAGUGGCUGCUCAGACCUCUGCCCUCUGGGCUGCCAAAUCACGGACUUGGGGCUUUCCUUUCACCCACGUGCACUCUCUGAUUCCAGUUUCUUUUCCAAAGACAUGUGCUGCUGCUGGGGAAGGUGGGCAGGGUGAGUUGGAGCGUGGAUUUGUGUGGUGUCCCAGAGGGCCUCCCUGGCACAAGAGAGAAUGUGCUGUGGGAGGCAUCUCUGCUCCCUGAGAUUGUUCAUAAUGCUAUUUUUUUUUUCUCCCUCUAACUAUAUACCUCAGAGCAAAGAGAAUUCCAGUCUGAGGAAAAGGUUGAGUUGGCAAUGUCUUUCUCAGUCAUGUGCCUUCAUUUUUCUUCAUGAAUACACUCUGGGCUGUGUUACUGGGGUGACAGUACUGGCCCCAGGUGUGCCUUAGGUCCAGCCACGCAACCCACAAAUCCACAGUCUAUGUAAUGUGUAAUUUUGUAGCCUUUUGACUGUAAUCCACUUUCUCAAGAGAUGGCCAGUACCCAAACACCACCCUCCUCCCACAUCUGCCAUCAGGAAGUGCUGCAAGCUUGGAGAAACUCUUAGUUGGUCAAAGACCAAGAGCUGACACUCAUCAGCCUUCCCUGAUUUAUCAGGGUUGCAAAUCUGCUCUUAUAAAGGAUUAUUGUCCUCAGAACCCUCUCAAGUUUUGUAACUGGGCACUAGACAUCUUAUUUAGACAUAAAAUAAAAGAGCAGAAGGCGCUCAGGCUUUCUUAUGGAUCAAACCAUGAAAUCUGGCCCCUGAGAAGCCCGUGCCAGGUUUAGGGCUCACCUGAGCUGCCAGCAUGACACAUCUGCUCUCCCUUAACAGAAUGAGGUGUGUGCACAUCUGGCUUGAUGGUGAUCACACCAGAAUUAUUGAAACCAGAAAAGCUAUUUCAUGGUCAGCAGCUGAAAUAGCCUUUACUCCCCUGGUGCUGGGGCUCAGUGUAAGGGAUGAAGCAUGACCUGGUGGCUCCCUCACCCUCCCCAAUGAGCAGAGUGGUCACAACUCAGAGGAGCUAAAUGGGGCCUCAGGAGCCUCUGCAGUGUUUCAUUGCUGCAGUGUUUCUCUGUGCUGGCUUAAAUUUUACUUGGGAAUAGGUUAUCUGUCAAACAGGGGUGGUAGAGAGCCGAAAAUCCUACAGUCUGACUGCCAGCAGAGGGACCUAAAAUGCACAGAUGCAGCUAAAUACAUGGUGAUUUGAGGGACUGGGAUUUGCUCACUGUUUCGUUACACCAACUCCAUAAUCAGCAGGGUUACUGGGUGGAAGGCCAGCGUGGCAGCAUGAGAGUUUGUUCUGCCAGGACUGCUGAGCCGUCUAAAUGAAGCUUUUUUUUUUUUUUUUCCUUUGUGCGCAGGACGAAGCCCUGGCUGUUGUUAGGUUUGGGGUUUUUUCAUUUGUUUCUCUUUUUUACUGAGGUUGGGGUUUUUUUCAGCUCCUUUAUAAAAAUUUAGACUCCUUCCUUCAUUUGAAUUGGAUUUUUUUGUGCAGUAACCAUUUGAUAUUUAUGAGAUUUUGCUGUGAGCCUCUGAGCUGUCAGUGGAGGCAGUGCAUGAUGGCAAGAGUCCAGCCAUGUCCCCAUUUCAUGGAACACCCUGCUGCCUGUGGUCCCAGUUUCAGCAAUAACUGCAUGAGAUUAAGCUCUAAUAGAAGGUUUCAUCUCCUUGUGUUUAACUCGGUGCAGGAAAGGAAAAGAAGACCCCAAACUAGUUUGUUGCACCUGCUGCUUGGGGAGACUUGUCACUAACUGUGGUAUUAAAUUUCAGCAUGGCCAGUGCAAAACCAUAGCUGGGACUGGAUCCAGAUUUCAGUGUCUGGGACCUGCUUGCUAGGGAAGGAGUAAAUUAUCUGCUGAUCUCCCCUGCAAGGAGACACCUAAGUCAGAGCCUGCACUCUGGCUGAGGAAACCACUGUGAUAGUGCUUGUCACCUCCCCCUGAUUUACCAUUCACUUUGCAGAGACAAUCAUGGCUUUCUGAUCAGGAUUAUGUUUUUCACAGUCAGCCUCCCCGGGGUUAGAGGAAAAAGGAGAAUUUGUGCAGAUAAGCAGACAUCCCCAUGCUACCCAGACUGGUCUAUGGACUGAAAGUCCUAUCAAAGCUUCUUCCUGGCAUCUGAUGCAGCAGAAUAUAUUGCAGAGCAGCAGAGGUGCUGACAGAGCAAGGAAAAUCUGACACUGUGCCUCUCCUCUCAAACGGUUUACGUGUAGAGUACUCACCUUCUGGCUAAAAGGGGAUUUGAAAAUGUUGGCUACGACAUGUAGGGGAUAAUAAAGCUGUUGGUGAGCUUGCACCAGACACAAUUCUUUCAGUGGUUUGACACAGCAUUUGAAAUACGUCAGCUGGCAGUGAUGUCUGUCCUACAUCACUCCUGAUUUUGUAAAAUAAUUGUUUUGUUUUUGUUUUUGUUUUUCAAAUAAAAAGAGAAUAUCGGGAUGAUAGA